AGUCACUUUGGAGAACAGUCUGGCAGUUCCUCAAAAAUUAAGUGUAGAGUUACCAUAUGAUCAAACAGUUCCACUCCCAAGUGUAUAUCCAAGAGAAAUGAAAACAUGUUCACAUAAAAUCUUGUACAUGAAUGUUUAUAGUAGCAUUAUUUAUAAUAAUACAGAAGUGGAAACAACCCAAAUGUCAACUUCCAAAUGGAUAAAGUGUGGUAUGGUGAUACAAUGGAAUGUUAUUUAAUAAUAAAGAAUAAAGUACUGAUGCAUGCAACAACAUGGAUGAACCUUGAAGAUACUAUGGUUGUGGCUGGCCAUACCAUUUCCCUGGUUCCCCCCACGCUCCUGAUUACCUGGAAGGGCCAUUUGGAUAGUGUGGCAGACAUCCUGUAUGUGGACAACUUCCAGUUGGUUAUCAGCGCUGGCCAGGACCGGGACGUCAAGGCUUGGAAACUCUCCGGUGAUGCCAUUGGAACAUUUGGCCUGAGUGUGUGGAAAAGACUACAGGAUGCCCAUGAUGGUCCUCAUGAAAACAGAGCAAGCUUAGAGGAAGACGGCAGCUCCACUGGCACCACCCAGAAGGCUUUCCAUCUGGAACUGCAGGAGCAGUGGGAUCUGGCUGAGGCCCUGAUAUACCAGCGGCGAGAGCAGGCAGCGCUGAUGGCCCUCCUGCAUGGGAAGGCAGAUAAGGAGACAGAAGCUUGGGCCAAGCUGCAGAAGAUGGCCCUGAUGUCCCCAUGGGCUGGAGAGCGCCCCCUGGAAGACAUUGAGGACAGCUGGAGCAAGUGGGAGUCCAGGGACAAGCAGGUGAGCAAAGUCUUGGGAGCGGCGUAUAAGCCCAAGGAACGCUUGCGGAAUACCAGGUUCCUGUCCAUGAGGGUGCCGUACGGCUGGAUGAAGCAGCAGAUCUCACCUCAGGUCUACCAAAGCCUGCACUUCAAUGAUCUGAUACCCACUCAGCAGCCCGACUUCCUGACCAGCAGGGGCCCAGACCAGCAGGACGAGCACAUCCGCCUGGUAGCCCACGAUGUCCAGAAGGACCUGGUGCCCAGCAGGGAGCAGGCUGUGCUGGAUACCAUGGACAGCACUCCUGCAGCCACCUCCUCCCCAUCUUCCUUGUUAUCUGUCACUGCCUCAGCCUCCAGGCUGCUGGACUCCAGCUUGCCUGCCUUCCUGAGGCCCCAGUUCUCUUUCUUGCGGCGGCCCCAGUCGGCCUCCACGGCCCAUUCCACCCCCUCGGUCCCAUCCCCGGUGUCCAAGUCCACCCUGCAGAGGUCAGCAACCCCCAAGCACAUUGUCUCCUCCCUCGAGCGGCCCCCAAGGCCUCUGAAGGCCACCUUCAUGUCCUCUGUGAAGGAGGGCUCCCACGUCAGGUUCUGAGGUGCUCUGCCAUCUUCUCUAGUCCUGCAGCAGGACCACUAGGCCCAUGGCGGGCCUGCAUGUCCCUGGCUUAUUCCCUACCAGACCCAGAGGAUGUGGCCCUUCCCCCGGCCACCCCACUUGCCUCUCUGGGGAAGUCCACCUGUCUCCUAAUCUUAUCUUCUCUCUGGCCCCACACAGAGCCCUGGGGCAGAAAAUAAAUGUUCUCAGCUGUGGGCGUCCACAGGCGAUGAGGUCGGGCUGUGUGUUCCUUGCCCCCUUAGGUCCCUCCUUAUCUGAGACCGUUCAUAUCCCCUGGCCCUGGCAGAGGCAGAGAGGAGAGUCCCUCUCCAAGGACACCUGGGCGUGGCUGGUUGGCUUAGAAACUUGGUUCAGCCUCAUUGCAAGAGUGAGGCCUGGCAGCCAUCUGGUGAAGGUCAUGGCUGUUUGUCUUCUGCCCCUGUUGUCUGUCAGUCUUCCCUCAUCAUCAAACACUCCAUCCCAAGCACCCUUUUCUGUCCUGUGUGCAGACAGGGCUGGAAGCAUGGUGGGCAGCACCCCUCGUGGCUCUGCCGCUGUCUGGCUGUGGAGUCCCAUGUGUCCUUCCCCUCUGGCCCAGAGUCACCUGUCCAGACCUCUGCUGGGCCGUCAGCCCUCUCGGCAGCUGGAGACCCCAUUCUGGGGCAUGUGGGGUGUUCUGGACACAUCACCUGCGGCCUGAAGGGAGCCGGGGCUGCCCACUGCUGCUGAGCAAGGAGGAGGUGGGCUAUAGGCUUGGGGUUUUUGGGGUAUCUGUCCUAGUGUCCCCACAGACCCUCCUGCCCAGUCCGAGGCUCAGCCCUAAGGGGCGCAUGUGUCCUUUCUCAUCUCUGUCUUUCUCCUUCCAUCUCCCUUUACACUUCACAGCGGUGGAAACACGGGCUGCCCGCCACCACUCUGCUGGGAGGUGUUU